UUCGGCAAUUCGCCAUUUUGUUGAAGUGCAAUCAAUUUGUUGUUGCUUCGCCUUCGUGCGACUUUUGUAAUUCAAAGGAUUUAGGAUUUAGUAUUACCAAACACUUCUAAAACAGAUCAAGAUGGAAAAUCAACAAAGGGAAAAAGACCGUGACCGAUCAAGGCGUGGAGACCGACCAUCAAGAUUCUCAGAUGCUACACGCGACCGGUCUAACGAUCGAGAUCGUCCGGAAGGAAAACGCUUGUUUGUUUCAAACAUACCCUAUGAGUUUCGUUGGACGGAGUUGAAAGACUUAUUCAAGGAAAAGGUGGGAGAUGUAGCUUAUGUGGAGUUAUUCAAUGAUGAGAAUGGAAAACCAAGAGGGUGUGGGGUAGUUGAGUUCACAAACUCUGAAGCAAUGAAGAAGGCUCUGUUUGUUAUGCACAGAUAUGAACUGAAUGGGAGGAAACUAGUUUUGAAAGAAGAAACUGGCAAUGAGCGCAACAGGCUUAACUCAUCAAGGUCCACAGGUGGUGGUGGUGGUGGAAGAAAUAAUAGAGAUGACAAAGAUGGAUGGAAUAUGAACAAGCCAAGGGAACCAGAGAAUUUCAACACAUAUGGACUUAGUCUUCAGUUUUUGGACUCCAUCAAUGUACAACCACCACUUGUAAAGAAAGUUUUUGUAGCUAAUUUGGAUUACAAAGCAGACAGAGCUAAAAUCAAGGAAAUCUAUAAAAUGGCUGGUAAAGUAAGGAAUAUUGACUUGGCGGUUGACAAAGAUGGUAAUAGCAGAGGAUUUGCAGUUAUUGAAUAUGACCAUCCAGUGGAGGCAGUUCAGGCCAUAUCUAUGUUUGACAAGCAAAUGCUGUAUGAUAGGAGGAUGACAGUCCGCAUGGACAGGGGACUAUCUGAUAAGACCGAGUUCAGGCUACCUGAAGGUCUGAAGGGCAUUGGUCUUGGUUUGGGACCUAAUGGAGAACCUCUGAGAGACGUUGCUAGAAACCUGCAACAGACGUCAACAACUAAUAACUUGAGUUUGGCCAACACGAAUGCACCGUUGAGCACAGGAGUGUUGGGUGCUGUGCCGACAGCAGCUAGUGUCGCUUUGAAUGGCUUGGGCUCUGGUCUGUCCACCAACUCAUUGAAUGCCGGUUCUGCAUUGGGUGGAAACCUAGGACUCCAGGCUUUAGGACUGACUGGCUUAGGAGCUCUUCAAAAUCAGUUGCUGCAGCAGGGACUGACAGCAAACGACUUGGCAACAGUUCUUACCGCGCAAGCCGCAAAUGUGAACACCAAUGCUCUGACUCUGGCAAACACUGACCUUGGUUCAAGCGUAAUGAACAGCAUGAACAACAUGAACAACAUGAAUAACAUGAGUAACUCUGGCUUGACUACCAGUGUGCUGGGCAACAAUACAAGCAUGAACAGUGGACCUCUUUCUGGUUCAAACAGGCCACUGGGAGUAUCUGUAACAAACCAAGGUUACAAUCGCGAUUCAGGUGUCCAGCAAAGGGACAAACCCUCUGAUAUGGUUAUCAUAACCAAUCUUCCACCGACAGUCACAUGGCAGCUGAUCCGUGAGAAAUUCAGCGAGUGUGGAGACGUCAAGUUUGCAGAAAUGACGGCUCCAGAUACCGCCAUUGUUCGCUUCCAUAAAGAGUGGGACGCCGACAGAGCUAUCAAAAUGUUCGACAGGACCCGUAUCGACGGCAGAACCAUUGAUGUUCGCUACUUCUAAAAUAUCGGUGGAACCUUGAGGAAUAUGAGGUUUGAAGUCGGUCUGUAGUGGGCUCUGUCUAAAAACUCUGCUGCCUGGAUUUCACCUUCGUUUUUAAGUCUUUCUCGAUGUAACGUAUACUCUACAAUUUCUACAUUAUUCUUCUGGUUGAUUUCAAUCUAUCGACAUUUGUAUCUUAGGAUAAAGUAGAAUAAGUGUCUUAAUGUUUCUGUACAUCCAAUGAUUAAGAUUAAUAAAUUUUGAACUAAGUUUGAGACGUUCUAACUUAAAUUGAA